UUGAGAAUGUAUUCCGCUUAUCGUGAACGGCCAUGUUGUGAUAAAAUGUUGUAAACAAUCGUAACUCGAAGCUUUUGAUCAUCUUGAAAAUUAACGGCUACUGAUUAAAAUUAUAUAUACUUCUAAGGAUCUAUUUGUAAUUAAUGGCUUUACAAUUUCAUCAAAAUAUUUUGAAAGAAUUUCUUUUAAAUCUGAUUAUAUUUCAUAUUUAAUAUUUUAUUUGGUAAUUAACCUACAAUGGAAGAAGAAUCUGACACAUUUCAAACUUGGUGGGAAAUACCAAGUAUAGUACACCUUUGCAAUACAUUAAGUACAUGUGUCAAUGACAUAUAUCCUAUUACUAUUGAGAGAUUUGAAAAAGGCUUCAAUGACAACUCAAAUAUAUUAAUGAAUAUUGCUAUACGAUUUGUAAAAGUCUGUGGGUUCUAUGAUCCUCACUCAAAUAAAUGGUGGGAUUUUAUGAAAAAAUUAUUAAAUAAUCAUUGUCCAGUUUAUAAUUUUGAAAAUCCAAUUGAUGAAGAUGCAAGUUUUAAUGAUUUAUCUCCAAGAAAACAAGUUGAAGUGUUAUACAUACUUGGUCAUUUAAUUUUGGACGUUGAAAAAGUUCAAGAAACUUUAAAUCAAAAUUCUGAAGUUUUAAGUAAACUUAAUGUGAAACCAUUAGGUUAUGAUGUAAAUAAAUCAGUUUAUUGGUAUUUUGGAGGCACUAGAUUAUAUAGAGAAGAUUAUGACUUAACUUAUUUACCAGAUUACGUAUUAGAAUUAAUUAAUCCUGAAUCUAAUGAAAUUAUGACAAAUUUAAAUGAGAAAAAUGAUAAUUCAUGCGAUAUAAAUGAUGCAUCUGACCAGACAAGAGACAGUAUAAUAAACAAUUCUUAUUUACAUGAAGAUGUUCAAAAAAAUCUCCAAACAAAACCUUAUCCAUCAGGAAUAUUAGGGUCAGGAAAAUGGAAUAUGAUUUGUGAUGAUGAUGAAAGUUGGCAUUAUUUAACCGAUACCACAGAAUAUAGUCGUAAUUUUAAUGUAAAAUUGUUACAUAGAUCUUUAAAUAAAAUUACACUUAAAUUGCCAACUCUUAAAAGAAAUAAACCAGUUUACCAAUUUAUCAAGUACACUGCACCUAAAAGUAUUUAUCAUAAGUCAUUAGCAUCAAAUCCAAGAGUUACAAGAAGUAGACAAAGUGCUGAACAUGCAUCUGAAAAUAAUCAUUUUGACGAGAUUAAAAAUGAAAAUCAUGGUGAAAUUGCUAAAAAAGAUAACUUUAAUUUAAAAACCUUACAAGUUAAAUUAAUUAAAAUUGAUUUGGAUUCUAAAUAUAGUAGUAUGUUUAAUGUGAAAAACUUAAAGGAGAAUGUACUGAAUGAAAAACCAACUAAACUAAAACUUAAGGAUACUAAUAGAUUGCUCCGAUCUAAUAGUCGAAAAUUUCAUGAAGAUUUAGAAUUUAAAAGAACAAAAAAAGAUCAUUUUGAUAAAGAAUCUAUUGUUGCUGUUGAAAGAUGUGGUCAAGAAAAUGUUCAAAAUGUAAAACGUAAAAAUACCAAACUUAUUACAACUCAAAAGCGAUUUCGUACCCAUGCGGAAAUGCAAGUAUCUCCAUUAAAGGAUGUAACAAGUCGUGUGUUAAUGUAAUUUAAAUCAUAGUUUUCAAUUAAAAAUAGGUUUUAUUUCUAAUUUUAUUGUACCACACAUUGUAAUUAACAUGUUUAUUUCAUGUUUUAUUUUCCAAGUUUUAUUUUAUUAAUUUUCAAGUGUAUAAAAUAUACAUAUAUAUCAUUAGAUUUUUCUUUAAGGUUUUAAGAGUUAAUAUUUAUUUAUUGUCAUAAUACUUUAUAUACAUGUAUAAGUUUAUUUUCUAAAAAAACAUUUAUAACAUAAUUUA